AAUAUGAAACUCUUUUUGAUCCUGUCCAGUCUGGUCCUCUAUGUGGCGCUCAGCUCUGCCCAGUCCUGUCCAGGACUUCCAGGCUUCCAGAACUGCUUGAACGGCAAGGACGAAGGAGUUGAACGCGCAAGGCAUUGCAAUAGUGAUCCCAAUCCAGAGAUGUGGUACUAUAACCAAAAUCGAAAUAGGUGCAUCAAGAUGAAGUACCUGGGCUGUAAGGGCAACCGCAAUCGCUAUUGCAAGUUGAAAGACUGUCAGCGGGCCUGCGUUCGACGAUCCUAAGCAGUUAAUGUAUUCCAAUUCCCCGGAUGACGUGAUGAAUAAGA